AUGUCCGAGUCUUACAGGCGUCUAGGGACUGGAGAGGAGGGGGCGGAAAUGCACAUUUUUUCACGAAAACUCGGCGAUAAUUCCUCUUGCCUGGUCCGCCGGUGGCCUCGACACCGGACUGGAAAAUGCCGAUUUGGAUGCCGUGGCAGUGGCGUCACGACCGCAUGGCAAGCUGAGAGCCCACCUGAUGGGGCCCAAGCGACCGGACAGGGUGCAAGGGGCAACCACGGCCUCGAUAAGCAUGAUCAUUGGUCGCUGAGACCGACAGCGACAAGUCUGCCGUCACCGUUGGAAGAUGUUGCACACGACGAGGUCGGUCACCAAGGUAGGCAGCUACCUGCACCGUCGAGUCAGCCGCAGAUAGCUAAGCCCGGAGAGGCAGGUCGCACAGCUGACCAAUCAGGCCAUAUACACGCGCACACACGUGUCAGACACAAAGGAGGAGAGGCGUGUCGACAUACGGAUGUAAGUGGCCAGGCCGUCGGGCCCCAGGACAGCCGGUCGCCAUGGUUGCGUCGCUGCUGCGUAUCUCGGCGACCUGGUCUGUUUCCCACGUGUCGCCUUGUUUGCCACGCCCUGCCGGCCUACCGUCUUCACUUCAUUGCGGCUAUGACAACCCAGUCACUAGGCCGUCGCCAGCAUAGCCUGGAAAGGGUCAGAGUGUCGAAAGAGUUGGUGCCAUUCCGGCCUAAACGGUUUGCGUUCUCGCGACGUGUCAACGAUUUCUGCGCAGAUGGCCUAUCCGUAAGGCUGGCGCUGUGCAACUUAGCUUGA